UGCCACCAAGGCCUUCCUUUGAACACUCACAAGGAGCAGCAGCAGCAGUACCUCUUCCUUUUCUCUCAUCACAACUCAACAGCACGCAAGGAGAGAAAAUGGUGAAGUUCUCUAAGCAAUUUGAAGGGCAGCUGGUCCCUGAAUGGAAAGAUGCAUUUGUAGAUUACUGCCAACUCAAGAAGGACCUCAAAAAAAUCCAUCUCCUUAACACUAACAUCAACAACAACAACACAACAACUUCUAAGCACCAAAAUACCUCUUUGUCCAAUACCCUCUUCACAUCUAUAAGGAAGUUCUCUCCAUUUGGCCAUCAACAUAGAGAACAUGACCUCAUUCAUGUGCAUAAGAAGCUUGCCUCAUCAGCAAGUAAGGGAGACAUGUAUGAAACUGAGCUGCUAGAGCAGUUUGCUGACACUGAUGCUGCAAAAGAGUUUUUUGCACGCUUGGACCUCCAGCUCAACAAGGUGAACCAGUUUUUCAGAACAAAGGAGAAAGAGUUCAUGGAGAGAGGAGAGUCCUUGAGGAAGCAGAUGGAUAUACUCAUUCAGCUCAAAACUGCUUUCAAGCUGCAGCGCGGCAAAGGAGCGUCUGCAGUGGAUUCCAAGGAGGAUGCCUCUAUAUCAUGCUCCUUCUCAUCUGAGGACGACUCUGUUAAGGACAAAACAGAGCAUGAACAGGAGCUGCAAGACAUCAGCACAGAGGACUUGGAGAAAAAUGAAGUGCCACAUUCAGAAGGGUCAGUAUCAGGUGAAUUGGGAAAAUCAAUGAGAACGAAAAGUGAAGAUAUUGGGAAACUGAGAACCAUGUCAAGUCGUUCUUUCAGUUGCCAAGGGAAGAACUUGAAGAUAAACAUUCCUCUCACAACCCCAUCGCGUACCUUCUCAGCAAUCAGUUACUUGGUCUGGGAAGAUCUGGUUAAUCAGUCCUCAAAGAAAUGCAGUGCAGAAGGCAGCAAGCUGCAUAUCAACAAAAAAAAGUUGCAUCAUGCGGACAAAAUGAUCAGAGGAGCUUUUGUUGAGCUCUAUAAGGGUUUGGGAUAUCUCAAAACAUACAGGAACUUGAACAUGCUUGCUUUUAUAAAGAUUUUAAAGAAGUUCGACAAGGUCACUGGAAAACAAGUUCUUCCCAUUUACCUAAAAGUGGUUGAGAGUUCCUAUUUCAACAGCUCGGAUAAGGUGAUGAAUUUAGCAGAUGAAGUUGAGGAACUAUUUAUCAAACACUUUGCUGAAGAAGACAGAAGAAAGGCCAUGAAAUACCUGAAACCGACCCAGUGUAAAGAAUCGCACUCAGUAACAUUCUUCAUUGGUUUAUUUACCGGGUGUUUUAUCGCGCUCUUUGCCGGAUAUGUCAUUAUGGCUCAUAUUAUGGGGUUCUACAGACGGCAGCCAAAAUCAGUCUACAUGGAAACUGCCUACCCUGUACUUAGCAUGUUCAGCCUUCUGUUUCUACACUUCUUCCUAUAUGGUUGCAACAUUUUUGCAUGGAGAAAGGCUCGUAUAAAUUAUAGUUUCAUCUUUGAACUGUCCCCAACAAAGGAGCUAAAGUACAGAGAUGUGUUCUUGAUCUGCACCACCUCAUUGACUGUUGUAGUGGGGGUCAUGUUUGUUCAUUUGUCAUUGCUAACAAAAGGUUAUUCACACAACCAAGUUCAAGCAAUCCCUGGUCUGCUUUUAUUGAUGUUUCUCCUAUUACUUGUGUGCCCCUUCAAUAUCAUUUACCAAUCAAGCCGUUUCCGUCUUCUUCGUGUGAUAAGAAAUAUCAUUUUGUCACCUCUGUACAAGGUUGUCAUGCUGGACUUCUUCAUGGCAGAUCAACUUUGUAGUCAGGUUCCGAUGCUUAGGAACCUUGAGUAUGUGGCAUGUUACUACAUAACUGGGAGCUACAAGACUCAGGACUAUGACUAUUGCAUGAGGGUCAAGAAUUACCGAGAUCUUGCUUAUGCUGUGUCCUUUCUGCCCUAUUACUGGAGAGCAAUGCAGUGUGCUAGGCGGUGGUUCGAUGAGGGACAGACAAGCCACCUUGUCAAUCUAGGCAAGUAUGUUUCAGCAAUGUUAGCAGCAGGAGCUAAAGUAGCUUAUGAGAAAGAAAGGAACAUUGGAUGGCUCUGUCUUCUUGUGAUCAUGUCGACUUUUGCAACAGUGUACCAAUUGUAUUGGGACUUUGUAAAGGAUUGGGGUUUGCUACAAAUGAAUUCCAAGAAUCCUUUGCUUAGGAAUGAAUUAAUGCUUCGCAGAAAGAUCAUUUACUACAUCUCAAUGGGAUUGAACUUUAUUCUCAGGCUAGCUUGGUUGCAAACUGUUCUCCAUUCAAGUUUUGGACAUGUGGACUACAGGGUAACUGGGUUAUUUUUAGCAGCCCUUGAAGUCAUAAGAAGAGGGCUGUGGAACUUUUACAGGUUGGAGAAUGAGCAUCUAAAUAAUGCAGGCAAGUUUAGAGCAGUUAAAACCGUGCCACUGCCUUUCCAUGAAGUGGAUGACGAAGACUGAUGCCCCAUUGGCAACAGUUGCAUAUAAAAUUUGAUGCGGGGUGGUCAUUGGUGAUUUAGGCCUUUUUAGAACAAAUGUAUCCAAGAGGAACCUUGUUGAGCUCCUUCAAGUUGAUAUAACAAACAAGACAUCAACUGUAAUCUCUUUUUGUUCGGUGGA